CAGCGGCCCCGCCCCCGCUGCGCUACGUGGCGCCGGUUUGAAUUGCGGCGGACGGCGCUGUCUCCCGUGGGGUGGAUGGCGUUGCUGCGGCCCUUUGACAAGCUUCCGGCGCUUAACUCCGCUGUCUUACUGCUGGUGGGGUCGGAUGAAGACCUCCAGCAGAAGCUGGCGGCGGCGCUGCUCCGGGAGAAGAAGAACUUCAGGAUCAGUAUUCACAUUGCUACAUCCCUCCCCUUACCUUCAGAGAGGGGUCACCUUCGGCCCAGGAUAGAUCUGAUUGUGUUUAUGAUUGACAUCAAGAACAAAUACAGCUUGAAGAAUGUUGAAGCUUCUCUAGCUCAUGUGGAUGCCAACUUCUUCCUGGGGAAAACAUGCUUCCUUGUCACUGGGGUCGGAAGGGUGAAUUGCUGCAGCGUAGACAUGAAUGAUGUCUGGAAACUGGGAGAAGUCUACUGCAGUCCUAUGCUAUUCUGUGAGGUGGAGUUGGAAGGAGUACGAGUUGCCACUGCUCAGCGACUUCUCCGGAUGUUACAGAUCUGUGCUGGUCAUGUACCAGGAGUUUCUUCCUUGUCCUUUGGCUCACUGAUGAGGAGCUCUGCUGCUGACUAGCUUCUCAUUGUGAGAAUUCAACCAUGUUCAUCAGCUUUUUUCACUUUGGGCAUUCAAGCUGCUGCAGUUGGAAUCACACUGGGAAGCUUUUUUUUACCUGACUUGUCAUGACUGCUCAUCCAGGGCUGUUCCUAGUUGCUGAUCUCUCAAGAAAAGCUUGAUUCCUGUUCUGUAGAUUGAUGUAUAGAUGCUGUGGGGAAGACAGUUUGAAUCGGGGUUCAGAUGUAAUAAUGGAUAGGAAUCCCCAUUUCAUGAUCAAGUUUGACCUUCGCCCACUUUGCCAGUGACAAGGAGCUACUUGUUUUACUGAAAGAAUGUCAGAACAGGUCACUAUCCCAAAUGCCACAUGUCAUGGGUGAGUAUCUUAGUUUUAGUGUCCACAAAGUACUAGAGAAGAGGCAGUAGCCUCCUGCUUUCUUUUGUAUGGAAAUAUAGCACCUUGGAUUAAUGUGAAAGCUCGCUGCCAGGUUUUGUCUCCCCACCAAGAGAACACAUGGUAGGAAGGCUGUCCUGCAGCUUCUGGAUAGACUGCAGCUGGCUGUUAAUGAUCCAGCUGGGUGAGCAUCUACCCAGUGAAGGGCUCAGUAUUUCCAUGCCUGAUACCUAAUUGGGGAAGAAAGGACUAAAGAUAAUCUGGCACAACCCUAGAAACCCAGCCUCUGGGGCUGACCAGAGAUGAAAUGCAGCAGAAUCGACUACAGGAACAUAGGGAAAACACCUUGUCUCUUGCAAGGUGGGCAUAUGCUGUGUAUAGUCCCUUAACUAACAGGUUCUUAUCAGAAGUAAUUAAUGUCUUAUUAUUACAGCAAGUUGGUAGUGUGUUUUGGAGUUCUAAGUUAAUAAAAGUGUAUACUAUUUAAUAA